ACAAUGUUGUCAUGUCAAUUAAGAAACCUAGAAAUUGUGAGAUUUGUAAACAGAAGCACCGAAGGUACGAAGUGGUAAAAGAAAUUUAAUGUCAUGAAUCCGGAUGAUAUAGAGUUCAUAGCUGAAAAUGAGUUAGUUCAGGUUAUUUCGAAUUUCAACAGUCCUGUAAUAGCCCUGAUUAAAGGGAAUGUGGGCCCCUUUCGAGCUGGUUUAACAACCCAUGUGCCUCUAUGGUUAGCUGUGAAUUUAAGACAGAGAAGACAGUGUAAAAUAGUGCCUCCUUCAUGGAUGAAUGUGGAUGAUCUGGAGGAAUGUAAGACAAGAGAGAAGAAUUUAAGAAUUUUUACAAAGAUGCCUUCAGACCAUUACAUUGAAGUUGCUAAGUUGCUUCUAGACUGUUCUUCAGAUGAUAUUCCUCAAGCUGAUGAAAUAAGAACGAUUAUUAAGGACAUUUGGGACAUACGCAUGGCAAAAAUAAGAAAUUCAGUUAAUAGUUUGAUUAAAAACAGUAGUUCCUUCGCAGCCCUAGAUAAUCUGACCAUGUUUGAAAUUAAUUCUAUGAUGCCUCUCGUUCCUGCAUGUCUGAGCCAAAUUAUGAGGUUGAAGAAGCCCCCCAGAGGGCUCAAUACUCAAUCACAAUUUCCAAGCUCCAUUCUAAUAAACACAACAAACACUACAAAUUCACUAUAACAUACUUUUGUGCGUGUUGAUUUCCUUUCUAAUAAAUCGGUACUAAAAUUAAUAGCCAUAGGUAAUUUUAUCGCUUGUAAAUUAAGCGUUAGUGUUAAAAUAAAGUUUCAAAACUUA